CUUUGAACCCGUCUUAUCUCUUCGCUUGUUUGUUAGACUUCGACUGAAUUAGAAUUCUUGAUCUUUGUAUUCAAUACAAUGUAUUGUAUCUUCUAGAUUCUAGAUGUAGAUCUGUAGAUCUAUAAACCUGUUCCAAUUUUGACUGAAAAAAAAGGUCUUCAAGCAAAACUUAUUUAUGAAACUGAGCAGUUGAACUACUACAUAGAAAAAUGGCCAGCAGAAUUUUGACCAAUGCUAUAAAAACAGUUCCUAACAGAUCAAUCAACUUCUUCUCACUGCCUUUGAAAUAUUACACAGCGUGUGGUAUGGCAGCAGUGGCUUCACAACUUUUCUCUCCAACACAUGCAUCAGCAGCUCCCUUGCACACUUCAACCAACUCCUGUGCCUCAGAUGAAAUGACAAAAGCACAAAAAGCCAAAGAAACAGAUGCACCUACCAUAUUUGCAAAGAUUAUAAACAAAACUAUUCCUGCUAAAAUAUUGUAUGAAGAUCGUGAGGCUGUAGCUUUUGCUGAUGUUUCACCCCAGGCUCCAGUUCAUUUUCUAGUUAUCCCUAAGAAGUUUAUAUCAAUGCUCAGUAAAACUACUGAAGAAGAUGAACAGUUACUAGGGCACUUGUUGUUUGUGGCCAAUAAAGUAGCUCAGCAACAGAAACUAGAAAAAGGUUACAGAGUUGUGAUAAACAAUGGACAAGAUGGAGCACAAUCAGUCUAUCACCUGCACCUCCAUGUCAUGGGAGGCAGACAGAUGAAAUGGCCCCCUGGUUAAGUCUUCUGGAUUCAAUGCAUUUUUUUAUCGAUAGCAUAAAACAUGAUGAUUUUAACAAUAUUUGUUGAUCUUCGCUUAAUUUAGCAUCAUUUUUUAAGCUUCCUAAACUUAAUUAAGUAUUCUGUAUAAAGAAUGUUACGCUUUAUUGUAUUUAUUGCUUUAGCACUGUAUUUUGCAAUUUUUGCAUUUGUGAUAAAUUUCAUGUAAGAUUAUUUUUAUAAAAUGUUAAUUCCGUACGGUUAACAAUGUUGUUUGAUUUGUUAUAUCCAAUAAUAACAAAUUCUACACCCUUCUUAAAAUUCAGAAUGAUGAAUUUAAUUUUCAAAAUAAACAUAUUCA